UGGCCGAGAGAGGCGGAGCGGUGGGCGGACUCCUGCCGCCGAGUCACAUGCUCACCUGGAGAAGGAGGAGCCCCGAGUGUCUCCCAGGGCCGGCCGGGACCCUCCCCGGCUCAAAUCCCGGCUCUCGGCAGGGCUGCAACCGCCCUGCCGCCAGCAGCGAGCGCCGGAGUCGCCUUCGGGCCUGUCUCGGCUGGAUCCCGCCUGAUCGAGGAAGAGCCUAAUUAACGCCUCCCGUUCCGCGAGACUCCCGACCUGCCGAGGAGGAGGAGGAGGAGGAACACCCGGCAGAAAGUUUGCGUGCCUGUCCGGACGGCGGGUUGCGGAUCCGGCCCCAUGCGGGACGGGAGAGCCCUGAGCAGGGCUCAGGCGCUAGGAUCCCUCAGAGUCGUCGCCUGGGGCUGCCGCCAUGGGCAGCUGUGUAGGGAGGCAACGCAGGGAGCGGCCGACCACCCCCGGGCACCCGCGCAAGCGAGCAGGUCGCAAUGAACCUCUAAAGAAGGAGCGCCCCAAGUGGAAGAGUGAUUACCCAAUGACAGAUGGCCAGCUGCGAAGCAAGAGGGAUGAGUUCUGGGACACAGCACCGGCCUUCGAAGGCCGCAAGGAGAUCUGGGAUGCCCUCAAAGCUGCCGCCUAUGCUGUGGAAGCAAACGACCAUGGGCUAGCUCAGGCCAUUAUCGAUGGUGCUGGUGUUACCCUGCCACAUGGUUCCCUCACUGAGUGCUAUGAUGAAUUGGGGAACCGGUACCAGCUCCCUGUUUAUUGCUUGGCUCCGCCUGUCAACCUGAUUAUGGAGAGGAGCGAGGAGGAGGGCGUGGAGCCCCCUGAGCCAGCACCCAACACCCGGCGUGAGUUCCCUCUCAAAGUGCGCCUCUCAACCGGCAAGGACUUGCGCCUGAGUGCCAGCAUGACUGACACUAUUGGGCAGCUCAAAAAGCAGCUCUUUGCCCAGGAGGCACUGGAGCCUUCCUGGCAGCGUUGGUUUUUUUCUGGGAAGCUCCUGACAGACCGGACCCGCCUGCAGGAAACCAAAAUCCAGAAGGACUUUGUCAUUCAAGUAAUCAUCAAUCAGCCGCCUGCACCAAGGAACUGAAUUGGAGGUGGCUGGCACAGGGCCCGUUUUGUGGACCAGAGGCUGAGCUGGAGUCCAUGAGCACGAGGCUGUUCUUGUGGCUGGGGAAAGCAAAUGGUGUCCUCUGAGCCGUGGCUGGAAGGUUUUAUAGUGGCCCUUGGAGAAUGGCAAGUGCUCACUUGCUGCAGGGCACAGAUAAGGGGUAGCAAACAGCAUAGGUGGGUGGUUGUGAAGGUGGAUUCUUCCCAUGCUUUGCCUCUCUUGACCCUUAGGACCAUUUUUUUACCACCCCAUACCUCAAAGAAUUGGAUUUGUUUCCUUUAUCCCCCCUUUCUAGGCUGGUAUUGAAACACAUGCCUUUCUCCUCUUCUUCUGGGCUUAUAAGCCUAUGUGAAAGACUGUGGGUUUAGUCCCUUCAGGGACCAAGCAUAGAUUUUGCUGCUUGGGCAUCAAGAAGUUUUUCUAGGGAGCUUGAGACCAAAGCACCACCCACAAAAAGGCCCGUGCUGGGUACAAGACCAGAAUACCUUGUCAAAUACUGUGCUGUAUCUGGUUCCCAAUUUCUUGUCCCAAUAUCUAGUCCAGUGAAUGAGGCCUCAGUAAUGCUGAGACUGGUCCUAUUUGCACAGUCUCCUGUGACGAGCCAAUGGGACAGUUGUGUAUUCUGGAUAUAUAGGCAGCCCUUCAGCUAGAUGGGGGAAAUGGAGGAUUGUUCCUGUAUGUAUAGGUCUCAGUGUAAUUUAUCAAUAAAACCUUUUCCAACUA